CUCCUCAACGCUUUACUGAGGGGAGAACACGAAAUGUGGACACUGGUGAACGGACAGACGGUGAAUACAGAUGAUGGAGCGACAUUUACCUUAUCUGCCUUUAGAAAGUCAGUUCUUUUAACCCUUCAGUGUCCUCUUCUGGAGAGGAAGAGCUGUCAUGGGAGACGCGCGGCACUUCGCACGCGUCUGGAUUGAUGGAGAACCGCGAAACUUCGCAGCGGGUGAAGAACAUCUCGAACAUGCGUGUCCAGCGCGGUAGAACGAUGGAACGCUGACGAUACACAUUGUAACAAAGACUCCCAUUAGGGACCAUUACAGACCAGCCUGUGCCAUGAGGACUCAGAAGUCCCGCGGCCGGACGUCAGCCACACCUUCCCGCCAGCGCUUGCCACGUUUCAGUCUUCACACCAGGAGAAAGAAAGAAGGUGUAAUCCAGGGAAAGCUGCGUAUCCGUUCCAUGCCAGGUGCCUUUCUGGUGCUUGGGGUAGUGGUUGUUGUUGUUGGCACCACUCUUGCCGUGGCAGGCUACUGGCCGUACAGGGCCCAUCGAUCAUCAGUGGACACGACAGAGGAAGGUUCCUCUGGAAGCGCAUCAGGAUGGGGAUUAGGGUCCAAAGGACUGAUUUCCGCAGCAAGUCUGGUUCAUAGCGAAAGGAUGAAACUACUAGGACCUGUCAUUAUGGGAGUGGGACUCUUCAUACUUAUUUGUGCCAAUACGGUACUCUAUGAGAAUCGGGAUAGGGAAACUCAAAUGCUUCUGGCGCAGAUGCGGAGCGUCAUUUGCUCUGUUUCUGCAGCCGUGCCCUCGGCAGACCUCUUGCAGGUGAACUCUCUUGCCAGCCACUACCAAUGGGUCAGCAGUUUACCUGCAGCCCAUCUGAACAUCCUCUGCCUGCAAGAAAUGUCCAGUUCGGAGCCUCUACUCCAAGUGAAGAGCAUAGAUGAGGAGGACAGCGUUCAGCAGCAAGACCCUGUGCACACUGAGGUCCUUCAUCAUCAGGACUCUUCCUCCACGCCCUCGAUUCACACCUCCAACUCUUGCAACAACAGCAAGGAGGUUUUUUGCACAGAGGAACGGGGGACCAACUCUGCACUGGAUCUGCGGCGAGAAAGUCACUUUGGACUGAGCAACUGUAUGACUGCAUCCUCGAUGUCCACACUGGGUGGGGAGGACUUGGAGACCUUUUGCAUCCCACCCAGACGCUCCUACAGCAUGAGCCACAGGACUAAACCUCAAAUUCUGCCCAGGGAUCUGGUGCAUCCAGAGGACAAGUCCUUGUCUUUGACGGGUCACCAUAGACUGCUUCCAAGGCAGUCCAGCUCAGAGGUGUGCGUGAACAUGGUUGGCAUUACAAGCCUUGACCUUAUACCGGUGGAAGAGCAGAAGCACCGCAGCUGGCCUCAGCUCGACCUCGGAAGCGCCAGGAAGUAUCUCAAGCUGGAAAACAAAGAGGACUCUGUGGACAAGUUCCUGGACCAGCUUGAGGAGCAGUGCUUGCAGUUGAACAAAAGCUACGGCUCAGGUCCCUUCCAGUGAGCCGAGGUUUAAUCAUUACAUCAAGGUUAAUGGCUUGGCAGAUCAGAAGGAGCCUUAUAUAGUAUACACUUGGAAUAACCCAACCAACAAAUGGGUGCAAGUUUCCAGUGGAUAUUCUUUGCACAGUUUCUGGAAUCCCUUGAGGCCAACUAAUUUGCUCAUUUCUAAGACCUAGCCAUUUAUCUCACUUGACUAGUUUUGGUAACUAGCUUGUUCGGAGAUUUGCGGAGUAUGGAAUUGUAUGACCUGCUGCUCUUGACGGUAUGGAGAUAUAAGCCCACGUCCUGAAGGAGACUAGGGAUGGAGGUAUUUUACAGUCAUGGGAAUGUGCUAAACAGCUCGUGAUGUCAUAGAUGAUUGGAUGGAUCCCAAUUGGAGGGAUCCAUUUGUUAUUGUUGCCCUACUUGUUGCUAGGACACAGCAAGCAGCAUUACUUAACCUACAAGGUAGAAUAAACGAAGACCUCGGCAGUGACUAGAUUCAAAGUAAACACAUUUCUGACUUCCGAAUUCCGAAUAGUUAUAA